GUGAGAGAGGUGCUGGGUGUUGGGUGCGUCAGGGUUCUGCGCUUUUUUGCGCUUAUUUUGUUGAAAUAAGUUUCCUGUCAAGCGUUACUGUGUCGUGGACAACUACAGACUUACUUCGGUCGCUAGGGGCUUCAUUGAAUAUCCACACAGCCCCAAAAAUGGAGGUGGACAACGUCCAAGCCCUUAAAAAUGAACCGUUGCCCCAUGAUGAACCAGAGGGUAUCACAAAGAUCGAUUUGGAGGGCACACUUAAGAGAGCCAUCAGCACCGUGACCCGCGCCACCGAACUGGACCUGGAGGGGAUGUACAGCGAGGCGGUGACCCAGUACGACGCCGCGCUGCGCGACUUCGACUGCGUCGUCGCUCAGGAGAUGAGUCAGGCGGUUCGCGACUGCGUCAUGGCCAAGAUGGACGCCUACGCGCACCGUUCGGAGAAGCUGAAGGCGUUCCUGUCGCGCAGCCGGUCGCCGAGUCUGGACGGCGGCAGCCUGGGGCCGGCCGACAGUGAGACAGCCGAGACGGGCGCCUCCUCCGACAGCGGAGUCGAGACGUUCGACGACGGGGCCCACAACGCGCACAACCUGUCGGCGGACUCCGGAGCCGAGGAGCCGACCUAUUCGACCGUAUACGAGCCGCGCAGCCACCAGCAGCGCUCGAGACGGCAGUUUCUGGACGCCUGCGCCGAGCAGGUCGAACAGCUACUGCAGAUCAUCAAAGACGAGCGCGAGCCCCAGGACAUCCGCGACCGCGCGCGCAAGCGCUGCAUCCAGAUUCUCGACUUUGCCGAGGCGUACCAGCGCGACUUUCUGCCGGGCGGCGGUGCCGACGCGGCGACGGGUGGCUGCGACGCUCCGGCCCCGGCGCCGCUGGUGGCUCGCACUGUGAGCGUGGCCUCGAGUGUGGCCGGCGCCGAGCCGCUGCUGACCCGCCAGCUCGUGCACGCCGAGGUGCUGCACUCGGCCGACCUGGAGCCCGCCGCCGCCGACGGCGACGAGCGGACCGACGCCGGCGACGGCGACGCCGACUCGUGCCCCGAGGUGCCUGACGAUGGAGGCGACGAGUUCCACCCGCUCAGCUUCAGCCUGGCCAGCCUGCGCUUCGCUGACGCCGAGUCGUCGGGCCGCUCCGAGUCGCCCGACUACGCCACCGUGCGCCGCAGCGCCUCGUCGCCGCGCAAGUACCUCAGCCAGUCAUCGCUGAACCGUAUCGAGACCGAGGCUGAGCCGCUGCUGGAUAGCCCGGACGGGCCGACCGUGCGCGCCUCGGUGCUGCCGGCCACGGCCCGCCGGCCGGCCAAGCAGCACUGGUGGCGCCGCCGGCGCGGCUCUGAACACGACCCCGAACCGCUGGAGAAGGGCCUGGCCGAGCCGGGCGUAUUCUGGGUGCUGCUUGGCAGCCUGUGCGGCUAAACAGUGACAGGAUGGGGAGUCAAGGGCUCUCGGACAGACAUUGAAAGGAGAAAGGUCUGCGGAUGAUAGCAUGAGGUGUGUGGAGAGUGAGUGAGUGAGACCCGCCGCAGUGCUGGCGGUGGAGUGGGGACCGCUGAGGGCCGAAUAAGGACCAUUGACGGUCAGCGGACAGACUGAGGUCAGGCAGGUGACCUGACCGGUCAGCAUUUACGGGGGCGGGGAGGGAGGGGGACCAGCAGCUCGGCGCCAGGGUACAGGUGGUGACGGCAGCGUAACGGGCCGUCACAGGCCGUUCACGUGACGAUCUGCGUAGGUCGAGGGUGUGUGUCUCUGCUCUUUCAGUUACGUGUGAAUACUCGUGCGUCUGACGAUAACCGAAACUUGGACCAAGGGAUUCUUGUUUGGCCGUAGUAUCGCGUGCUACUUGAUCGUGUGCUACGUGAUUUGUAUUACUGUUGUGAUUUUUUGUGUUGAAUGAAUGAACUUUCAACUUUUAUAGCUGGGUUAUUGUAAUCUCUCCUAAAUUGUCGCCAAGCUGGCCUUUUCUUGGGGAAUUAGGAUGGGAUGUCGCCCCGACAAGGGUGAGAGCAGGUUGCCUGGUUCCUCUCUCGUCGCGCUAGAGCGCGAUGCGUUGAGUGGCUGAGUGAUUGAGUAAAUUUUUCCGCGUAAUAACCGGACAUGUGUAUGCGAAUAUGUUCGUUUUGUACGGACCGCGUUUGGAUAUGAACGCGAGUGUGCCGUUUUGUUACGUACAUUGUGCUCUGUCAUGAGGAGAGUGAGAGUUGGUGCUGAUAAUGUAUACAGUUUGAGAGAUAGCAGGGACGUCGGCGGACGCCGGCGGUGCCCCGUAGUUGACCGUGUCCCUGAACCUGUGUAGUGUGUUAUACAGCGUGUUUGUUUGUGUGUGUGGGCGUCAUUGUGACCAUGUCAGGUGGGCGGUGCGUAUUGCAGUUGCGGUGCGUAUUGACGAGCGGCAGACAUACCUAUAUACAUGACCGUAGUCAGUGGUGAACACUGAACCCUGUAGCGGCGCUCGGCUAGCGGGCGCCGGCGUAUUCCAGCUAGCCUGUGCAUGUUUAGCUGCUGCAUGUUAUAGCGUCGGUGUCUGUGCGUAGUGGCGGCUGUGUCGGGCAGCGCCCGCGCCCCGCCGCACCCCCUGAGAUUAUCGCAACGGAGGCAAUAGGUCGCGCGCGCGCGCGCGCGCGCGUGUGGAACGGAUGUGGCGCCGUCCGCGGCGGCAGCCGGCUGUGGAGUGUGUACAAAUCGGCACCGCGCCGGCCCCGGGACCAGCCCUCACCGACCGACCAGAGUUUUAUACGGUAUUUUUCCACGGGGCGGCUCGCGCGGCGUGUGUGUGACAUGUGGCUCCAGCGCAGCCCUGCCGCUGCUGGCCGGUCAGAGCUUCCAGUGAGCGCGCGCGUGCCCACCGCAGCUGUCCAGGCAGCAGCCCCGCAGGAGGGCGCAAUAAUCUCCAACAGCUGCUCUCGCACCGUAUUUCCCCUACGUGCUUUCCGUCAACAUCUGUAUAUCCGACCGAGCGCGCGGUUCUUCGUUCGUCUCGCUGUAGCGUCUUGUGUUGCAGGCCGGUGGGGCGGCUGUACCGCCUGGUCCGCGGCUGGUGGUCCGGGCGGUCCUCCGGCCGGUCCGCGGUCCCGCCUGGCUCCGUGGGGAGGCGCGGUCGCCGCAUGGCCCGGGUGUGGCGCGCAGAUCCGGUCAGUAGCGCUCCGGACGCCGGACACUCCGAGCCCACGCGCUGAGCAUGCAUCUCAGCUGAAGUGCAUCGGAACAAGAGAAAGACUUGUCUCUGUAGUCCCCUCGCACUUCAGCUGAGAUGCAUGUUUGGCGGGUGGACUCGGCGCGUCCGAGAGUCCUGCGCGCGACUGGUCGGUCUGCGCUCCGCGCCAGGGCCGCGCGGCAGCCGCGCCUCCCCACGGAGUGCGGCGUGAUGGCGGUCACCGGCCGGGGUCCCGCCGGUUCUGCGGGCCUGGGGAGGGAGCCACGGCCGGGCGGCCGACCGGCCUGUGAGCUGGACGGUCCGACCCGAGUCAUCCGGCAACUGAACUGACUGAUCACAGCUGUCUGUCCAAUGUCUAUAUCGGACCAAUACACGCCCCACUUUUGAGGAAA